CUAUAAAUUAUUAUCACAGGAAUAAAAAAUGUUUAUAAGAUUUUGUGUUAUUAUUAUCUUAAAUACUUGCCCUCUACUGAAAUUUCUAAAAAAUAUAAAUGCUGAUUAGCGGUAUACCUUCUUAAUAUAUGAAUUUCUUCAAUAUUAAUGACAAAAUUCAUCAGCUUGAUCCAAUGGAGAUGAAAGGACAAUAUAAAGAAUUUCUUAGGAAACCACUACAGUAGAAUGGUACGAAUGCUAACUAGGUGUAGAUAUGAAGAAGCCUAUUGAAGAGCCUGAAACAAACUUAAAAGGAUUCAUGAAUUUAAAUGGUUAUAAUAUACAUAUAUAAAUAUAUAUAUAUAUAAUGAAUCGGUUAGAAUUGAACAAGAAUAAGAAACAACCAUUUAUUAAUAUAUACAAGCUAAAUAUCUUUACCUUGGAUUACUAUUCAAAGGUUUGUUUGUUACACUCUUUACUUGAUAACACUAACUACUGCAUGUUUCAAACAAGGUCAAAAAUUCGAAGAAAACACUUUGAAUAAUAUGUGGUGGAAAAAAAAAAUCAAUAGUGCUAUAUGCGAACUAUUAAUUAUAAAAAGACAGGAGAUAAGUAUUUCAUAUGGUAGCUAUUCAGUAAACAACUGCUACUAAUAUUCACAACACAAAUAAAGGUAUUCAGUUACAGAAAGAAAAAAGUAAAUUAGUAACUAUAACUCAAUAUGUUUUUGUGCUCUUUAAAUCAAAACACUAUAGCUGCAAUUAAUUCUUGAUGGUUAACAUAAAUGUUUAUAUUUGGCUUGAUUAUAUAAUGUUUUAUUUUAAUAAUAAAAGGGAAAAG